AGUUCUGAGCAUGCGCACUUUUGCGGUGGACGACAACAACACUGGAUGCUGCAGGGUUAAAUUGUUCGGUCUCUAGAUCUGUCAUAAUGCGGCCCCUCUUGUUUGCGAAAACAUAACAAGUUAAAAAAAAUCAUUAUUGAAGGAUAGGUCAGGCGGUAUGAUAUGAAGCUAACGCGGAAACUGGUUCUCGCCAAGGCUAAGGCCUCCGACUUGGAAAGCGUGAAAAAACUAAACUGCUGGUGAGAGUCUCAGCCUCGGCUUACUAUGAAUGUUUUUGGUUGUAGUCGUGCAUGUGUGGUCCUCUGAUACAGCACGUUUGGUACUCUGACCUUGUAGAUAUAUUACGUUUGUUUUUGAUUUCACAGGGGAUGUAACCUGACAGAUGUGAGUAGCCAUGCUGGGUCUGGCAUUGAUUUCAGUAUUUUUUUCUCAAAUCAAUAGUAUAUCUCAACUUAUCUUUUGUUCAAGUUACAUCUCUGCAUGCCUGCAACUAAACGACCUUUUCUUUAUCUCCUCCCAGAUUUCAAUCUUCUCUCAAAUGCCAAACAUUGAGGUGCUGACUCUCAGGUUGGUUUGUUUAACUCUUUGCAUACUCUCACACAGACCUGACACAGAAUUAAGUGUCUGAUAACACCCAUUUGUUACAGCUUCACUCACUCAACUGCAAUUCUGCUACUAUGUUCUCUCUUUUUAGUGUGAACAGCAUCACAUCUCUCUCUCCACUGUCUGGCUGUCAGUCUCUGUGUGAGCUCUACCUGAGGAGGAACAUGAUACCCUCACUUUCUGAGCUCUCUCACCUGCGCCCUCUGCCCCGGCUCAAGGUGCUGUGGUUGGCUGAAAACCCCUGUUGUGGAUCGGACUCCAGCCAGUAUCGGCUUACUGUGCUGCGCUGCUUGCCUCACCUCCAGAAGCUGGACAACCAAGGUGAGCAUGUACUGGCUCUGACUCAAGUAGGUGUUACUUACACCCACAGUUAUAUAAACAAACACAGUUAUAUCUGGGAGCACAAUUCUGAGGAUACGAUUAUGUAGAGAUUGGAAAUGUGUCAAUGACCCAAAUCUGCAUGUGGUGUUUGCAGUAGUGACAGAAGAUGAAAUUGCACUAGCUCUGAUGGAUGGCGAAGAGGUCACAACCCCACCAGGUGGUGUUCAAAACCAGCUCUCCACAAAUGGACUUCAAGAUGCAGAGACAGAGAACGACCCGCUGAACUACAAUAUGGAAGAGACCAAGUAAGCUAUUGAACUUUCCAUGAUGGGAGUCCUACUGCAAAAAUUAACUAAAUAUAUAUUUUUUUAAAUAAUAUUUUUUCAUGCAGUUUGAAUAGAGGUGAAGUUACAAAAUCUUUGUCUAAUUUAACAUUACUAACAUUACUAAAACUAACACUAAUUGUUGAUAGUUUCUUUGAAGAUAUGUAAAGAAAGUUACUUCCUAUAACACCACAUACUAACUAGUUUCCAAAAAUAUAUUGCUGGAGUUUUGACAAUCUCCAUCUAUCACAUAAAUAAAGUAAGACAUACACUGGCUGUGUUUUGAACUGGUGUUCUGCUUGUUUUUAGCAAAAUCAGAGAGGAGCUGGGGAUGAAGCCCCUCUCCAGAGACAAGUUCCCUUCCCUGUCCUCUCCGUCCACCAGAGAAAUCAAACCAGCAUUGAAAAAGGUUUUCUUUUCAUGUGCUUCCCUUAAACUCCAUGUGUAGAAAUAUUCUUUGAAACAAAACUAUCAUUAACAAACCUCUUAAAUUUGUGAUCAACUUUCAGACCCACACUCUUGAUGCAGUUCUGCUCCUGCUGAGGGAUUUGGAUGAAGAGGAGCUUCAAGUUGUACACACAGCAGCUCAAAACAGACUCCAGACUUACACACUAAACUCAGACACACUCAACAGUUCACUGCAGACUCAGAAAACCACUGACAUCCAACACUGAAGUAUUUCACAGCAUGCACUCAGGGUCCAACCUCCACGUCUCUUUCUACCUUUUACUGAAACUUUCUUACUGGAACUGGAGAGCGGCAUUCUUACACUCACGCUUCAUUUGCCAUUUACUCUCUGACCCCUCUUGGCAUUGCAUGUGCUGUUAUUUGACUGAGCUCUUUCCCUCUUAUCGUACAGCUUUUAUAUGUGCAGCUGUAAUGAAUUGUUCCUCUACAGCAGCAUGCCGACCUGCCUCAUAAGAACAAAGAUUGUAUGUUUUGCUAAAUGUAAAUCUAUUUCUGUAAUUAAAGAGACUAAACUGCAAUAAACAGCCA